AUGAGCGACGAAAAUAAGCAGGAAGAUGACAACGACUUUAAGGCUCCACCAGCCCUGGAUUUGGAUUUGCGUUUGGGCAUCGAAGCCAUUAUGAACAAGCUGCAGCAAAAUUUGGAAUGUGAUGGUGUCUUGCUGAGAAACUGCGAUGAUAAUACAGGAUACAUGGCCAAGAAUUUUGACACACUAGAGGGACUCCAAGAACUAAUGGCAAUAUUUGAAUUGGUUGCCUUGCUCCCCAAGUUGACCAAUUUCCAAGUGCACCUUGCCCGUGGAGCAUCUCCCGACAAACCCCAUAAAUUGCCAUCGCAACUACUGAGUAUGGUGAUUAAUCAAUGUCACGAUUUGUCCUAUAUCCGAUUUCAGGGAAUCAUGAUGUCCGAUGCCAAUGGCAAGUACGAAGGAUUGGCCAAGUCACUGCGGAUGCAUCCCUGUUUAAUGUGCAUUCAUUUCAUUGGCUGUGCGCCCGAAGAAGGAUUGACACUGGAUCCACUUUUGGCUGCCUUGCCGGGGAUUCCCACAUUGCAAGAAGUGGACCUCGUCGACUCGACCAUUACGAGUCCUUCCAAACAGAAAGUGUGGACGGGAGAUACACUGCUCCAUCUGGCCCUCUCCAAAAACUUGUCCAAAAUUCGACUGAGUUGUAUUCGGCAUCUGCUACCGACUCACAUUCAAGCGAUGGCUUCGGCACAUGAAAAGAGUGAAACCCUCCGUGUGCUGGUCAUUGAAGGAGAAGAUGAUGAUGAUUCCGAGGGCAACGGGGACCAAGACGAUUUGUACAAGGACGAUGUUCCAGCCGAAACCGAGGAGGCAAAGAAGAAAAAGGAAAAGAAAGAAAAGAAGAAGAAAAAGAAAAAAGAACUCGUCAACAAGAAAAAAUCCAUCAAGGAAUCCGACAAUCCCACCAAAAAGGAAGAAAAGAAGAAACACAAAAAGGACAAGAAAAAAGAAAAACGAUCCAAGUCAGACUGGUCUUCGGCAACAGCACCCAAUGGAAACACCUACUACUACAACAAAAAGACUGGAGAAACAUCAUGGACCAAACCACCGGAUUUAUAG